AUGACCCCCGAGGACACGGAGGAAAGUCAGCCGCUCCUGCGGCCGCCCAGCGGCAGCUUCCCCCGCAGCCGCCGCGUCUUCCUCGCUGCCUUUGCGGCUGCGCUGGGCCCACUCAGCUUCGGCUUCGCGCUCGGGUACAGCUCCCCGGCCAUCCCGAGCCUGCGGCGCGAUGCCCCCGCAGCCCCGCGCCUUGAUGACGAAGCCGCCUCCUGGUUCGGGGCGAUCGUGACCCUGGGCGCCGCGGCGGGGGGCGUGCUGGGCGGUUGGCUGGUGGACCGCGCCGGUCGUAAGCUGAGCCUCCUGCUGUGCACCAUGCCUUUCGUGACCGGCUUUGCUGUCAUCACCGCAGCCCAGGACUUGUGGAUGCUCCUUGGGGGCCGCCUCUUCACAGGUCUGGCCUGCGGUAUUGCCUCGCUAGUGGCCCCGGUGUAUAUAUCUGAAAUUGCGUACCCAGCUGUUCGGGGGCUGCUUGGCUCCUGUGUGCAGCUGAUGGUCGUCACAGGCAUCCUCCUAGCAUACUUGGCAGGCUGGAUCCUGGAGUGGCGCUGGCUGGCGGUGCUGGGCUGCGUGCCCCCCUCCCUUAUGCUGCUGCUUAUGUGCUACAUGCCCGAGACCCCACGGUUCCUGCUGACCCAGCACAAGCACCAGGAAGCCAUGGCUGCCCUGCAGUUCCUGUGGGGCUCUGAGCAGGGCUGGGAAGAGCCCCCCGCUGGGGAUGAGCAUCAGGGCUUCCACUUGGACCAGCUGAGGCAGCCUGGGGUCUACAAGCCCUUCAUCAUUGGCAUUUCACUGAUGGCCUUCCAGCAACUAUCGGGUAUCAAUGCUGUCAUGUUCUAUGCAGAGACCAUCUUUGAGGAGGCCAAGUUUAAGGACAGUAGCCUGGCCUCAGUCAUCGUGGGUGUCAUCCAGGUGCUGUUCACUGCCAUGGCAGCGCUCAUCAUGGACAGAGCUGGGAGGAGGCUGCUCUUGACCUUGUCAGGAGUGAUCAUGGUGGUCAGCACCAGCACCUUUGGUGCCUACUUUGAGAUGACCCAGAGUAGUCCCAGCAACUCCUCGCUUGUGGACCUCUUCAUGCCUGUCUCCAUGGAGCCUGUGAUUGGCAGCGCUGGGCUGGCCUGGUUGGCUGUGGGAAGCAUGUGCUUAUUCAUCGCUGGCUUUGCUCUGGGCUGGGGACCCAUUCCCUGGCUCCUUAUGUCAGAGAUCUUCCCUCUGCACGUUAAGGGUGUCGCCACCGGCGUUUGUGUCCUCACUAACUGGCUAAUGGCCUUUCUGGUGACAAAAGAGUUCAACAACCUCAUGGAGCUCCUCAGGCCCUAUGGUGCCUUCUGGCUCGCCUCUGCCUUCUGCAUCUUCAGCGUCCUCUUCACCGUGUUCUGUGUCCCUGAAACCAAAGGGAAGACUUUGGAACAAAUCACAGCCCAAUUUGAGGGGCGAUGA